AUGUCAAAGAUUAUUCUGUACGACAUUCCAUCACGGCUAUCCCCGCAGGCGUGGGCUCCAAACCCUUGGAAAGCACGUUAUGUCCUCAACUACAAGCGCCUGGCUUACGAAACUCACUGGGUGUCCUAUCCCGACAUUGCCGCUCUUUGGCAGAAAUUGGGUCUAUCUCUACUUGAAAAUGAGCCCAAUUCGACUCUUCCGGUCAUCUCUGUCCCUUCCAAAGACGGCGGGCCCCCUUCGGUCAUCGCCGACUCGUUCAAGAUUGCGCUAUUUCUAGAUCGCGAGUAUCCAGACACUCCUCGUGUCCUGCCACCCAAUACAGUCGCUCUCCAAGCCGCGUUCGUCCAGCACGUCCUUGCGACCACAUUUGUCGCACAUCUCCGUCCCAUGAUUCUCCAGCGUGUUCUGGAAAAAUUAGACGAGCGAGGAGCGGAAUAUUUCACCCGCACACGCCAAAAAUGGUACUGUCCAGAGGGUGUAUCCAUCAAGGAGCUAUGCCCUCCUGGAUCCGAAAAGUAUAAACAACAAAUGGAAAAGUUGCGUGCUGGAUUGAACACGAUCAAUGGCUUCCUCCUCUCCAAUGGCCAACUUGAGGACGACGCCAUGAGCCCGUUGCUCGAAAACUAUCCAUCCUCCCCGUUGACAAGCUCUCCUUCAGGUUACCGACACUGGGUCAUGGGAACGGAUGGUCCGACUUUUGCAGACUUUUGUCUGGGAGGAAUCCUUGUCUGGGUGCGAACUGUUGGUGGAGAAGGUCUCGAGGGUCCAGAUGGGAAAGGUGGGAAUAACGAUCUCUGGAAAAAUAUCUCUACAUGGAACGGAGGUCGUUGGGCACGAUUUGCCAAGGCACUAGAGGAAUGGGAGACGAUAGUAUGA